AUGUGCUACCUAUUCUUGGUAUUGUAUCAUGUAACGUACUCCCUGGAAGCUUGGGCCACCCACAUUUUUUUGAACUUCCGGCAGCAGGAUUGUGGACUACGGCGGCAGGCCCCGCACAAAAGACCCAGUAGCCCCCGCUGCUGUCAGAUGCCCAAUGAUAUGCACGUGAUUACCCUCUAUCCCCGCAACCUGCUGCAGCUGCAACGGCUAUCGUCCGACGGAGAGAGGAGUGCAAAUCAAUGCCCAGAAUAA